GUAGCGCUGCUCAACGAAACCUUCACAGCAGGGUCGGUGGUGGCGGAGUCCGGGGAGGAGUGCAAGCGGCUGUGGGUUGUGAAGAAGGGCACCCUAAGCGUCGUGGAUGGUGGCGAGCGGAUUGGCAAGAAGCUGUCCGGGGGCGACAAGGUCCGCGAGGUGUGUGCAGGCGGCUGCUUCGGCGAGCAGUAUCUCAAGAUCGAUGCCUCCAAGAGGAUUGAGGUAAACCUGGUUGCUGCAACUGACUGCGACGUGGUCUGCGUGCUGAUCGACAAGCUGGCAUCUCUUCUAGGUGAGGGGGAUGUGGCCCAGCUGCUUGAAAGGGCAUACGUCGGGCUGACCCUUCGGCAUACGCCGUGGUUCGAGAGCCUGCCGGCCCAAGACAAGUCGCACGUGCUCCACACGCAG